AUGGAGGAGGGCACAGCACUUUCCGGCCUCCCGCCGCCGCCGACGACCCUCGAGCCCAUCUCCCGACCAAGUUCGACGUCAACAUCGGCAUCCGCUUCUCUGCAGCAGUUGCCAGGCAUCUCGGCGCUUGCGCAAGCCAACUCCACGACGAGCUCGCCACAGUUGCGGUACAACCGCGACUAUUCCUGCGCCCGCGCCCGCACCCGCACCCGCGCCUGCGCCUAUGACAGCACCCGCCGCGCCCGCGCCCACGCCGACUCCCUCUGCGCCGAUGCAGCAGCCUACUUAUGCUUCUCCGGCGGCCACUACCGGCGGAGGCUCCACUUCUGGCACUGUGAGUCCCUGUCCCUCUCCGUCGUCGUCGUCGUCGUCUCUUUCUCUGUCGCCGUCGUCCUCCGUCGUCCCCCAUCUGAUGUUAUCAAGAGUCGCAAUCGUGUGAAGACGAUGCGCCCAGAUCUCGCAAAGAAGAAGCAACAGCAACAGCAGCAGCAAGCCGCCAACUUCGCCGGCGCCGAUCCGAACGGUAUGGACCUAAACAACGCAGCGCGCAGGAAGUCCGCGAACGGCAAUAUCGACGGCUCGGACUCUCCAGUAUCCCGUACGGCUACGCCUUCCCUCUACAACCCAAGCCUGCCUGUUUUCGGGAAUAUGGACGACUCCCAGCUGGGCUUCAACGUCGGCGCAGAAAACCGCUCCGCAUCCCCUUUGAACGGCGACCGCCAUCUCGACGUCCCGCAAACCCACGAACAGCUUAUUGCAGCCAACUCGGCCCUGAAAACCCGCGUCAGCGAACUCGAAUUGAUCAACGAGCUCUUCCGCGGAAGGCUCAGCCAGAUGGAGCAAGACGAGGCAAGCGCGAGGAGGGGGCAGGAGAUUAGCGGCAAGGCCGAGGCGCAGCUACGAUCGCAACUGGAGGCUAGUAACAAGCAACUGGAAGACAGCCAUCGAAGGGAGAACAACCUCAAGAGACGCCUCGAUGAAAUGGAGCUGGAGCUUAAAGAGGCUAAGGAAGCUGCCGACUCCUCUUCCGAAUCUGGUCGAGCCGCCAAGAAGCUGCGCGUUGCCGAUAUGGUGGGCGACUCGGAAGUUUCUACCCCUCAGUCAACUACCGCGUGA